AUGGACUCGGCGGCGUCGCUCCUGGAGGCGUACCGCCGCGACCGGCGCCGCCUCCUGGGCUUCCUCCUCUCCUCCGCCGGCGGCCGCGCCGUCGACCUCUCCCGCGUCGAUCUCGACGCCGUCAGCGCCGACUACGCUCUCGACUGCGUCGCCUCCGGCGCGCAGUUUGACGCUUCGGAGGCCACCAGGAGGUACUUUGACGACAGGAGGUACCCGAUCAUGACGAGCUCGCCAUCAGGGAACUCAUAUUUUCUUCUUUCAAGGCCAGAAGGCUCUGGUUCUCCUCCAAAGAAAGUAGCACCGGACAUUGGACCCGAACCACCUGCAGAAGAGAACUCAAGUAGAGCAAGGAAACAUAGUGAUUCUUUUAAAGUAGCAGUUAACAUUCAGGGAGCAUCCUAUGUUCUGAAGGAUCUUAGUCUGGCAAAUACGUCUCCUCGGCAAGCCAAAGAAAUGGAUCUUCUUUCUCUAGGUUUACCUAGAUUAAAUGCAGAAUUGUCUGAUGAUGAUCUAAGAGAAACAGCUUAUGAGGUCCUUCUCGCUUCUCUAUUUGUCAGUGGAAAAAUGUACUUCGCUGAAGAGAAGAGAGAAAAGAAGCCUAAAUUCUUGAAGGGUUUGAGGUCGAAGACUGAAGGAUCUAAUUCAGUACCUCAGAUGGAAAAUUAUUAUACCCACCAUCUUGAUUUGAUCCGAGUACAAAUGGAGAUAUCAGAAUCUAUGGAUACAUUGGCUAAGAGAGCUUUAAGACGUAUUGGUUCGAAGAUGGUGCAGGGACAACUUGACGUGCCUUGCAUAGCACUACAACUAUUAAGCUCUGUUGGCAAAUUUGAUUUCCCAACAGAAAGAUUGCGUGUACAAUGGCAAAGAAGACAGGUAAAUGUUCUAGAAGAAUUACUUCUGUUCUCAGCAUCUCAUGAGUGCAACAUGAGUGAAACAUUGCGGAUAGUUCUCUCCAAGCUAAAAAAUACAGAGGACUGGGUCGUGAGUGUUCCUGAUGGGCGUAUUGAGGUCUUGACUAUCAUUGAAAGAUACAACACAAGACUAUCUACAGCUUCAAAGAAGUUCGGCCUUAAAGGCGAAACCUACCAUUGGACUCAGAGCUAUCAUUUUAAUUCUAGGCUAUAUGAGAAGCUACUCUCCAGUGUCUUCGAUAUUCUUGAAGAUGGGCAACUUGUAGAGGAGGCUGAUGAAAUACUUGAAACAAUGAAGCUGACCUGGCCUAUAUUGGGCAUUACCCAAAAGUUGCAUGAUGCCCUGUAUGCUUGGGUGCUUUUCCAGAAGUUUGCUCAAACUAGGGAAAUUCUUCUACUGAAACAGACAGAUCUUCAGAUACAGAAACUUCAGUUACAUAAUAAUGUUAGAGAAGCAGAGCUGUAUAUGGAUAGCUUUGUUUGUUCUGUGGAAGGAUUUGGAAGCAACGGCGCUCUAAAUUUGGUGGACAGUGCCCUUCUUAAAAUAAACAUGUGGUGUCGCAGACAACUGAAGAAUUAUCACUUAUACUUCAGUCAGGCUAACUGUUCAAUCUUCGAGAGCAUGCUGAACUUGGUGUUACUUUCAGCGGCAAAUCUUAAUGAUGAUGACGAGGAAUCCAUGCUCAUUGGGACCCCGCCUGGCAGUUCAGCAGAAUCUACAUUGAUUCACAUACUCGUUGUCAGAUCCAUUCAAGUUGCAUAUAAGCAUGCCCUAAUUGCAGCAGAUGGCCAAUCAAAAGCAGAAUUUAAGCAUCCAUUGAUAUUGCUUGCAAGUGAGCUAAAGCUAUUAGUGGAGAAAGAGUGCUCUGCAUUCAGCCCAGUACUUCACAAAUAUUAUCCUGAAGCUGGAAGAGUAGCACUAACUGUCUUUCACCUACUUUAUGGCCAACAACUGGAGCUGUUCCUGGAAGGGACGGAUCAUUCAGAAAACUUGAAAGAGAUACUGGGAGCAUCGAGUAGCUUUGAGCUCUGUAUAGCUCAGAAGCUUUACUCAAUGUACGGGGAAGCUGCUGGGUCUUCAUUGUCUAACUUCCUAAAACCAUACAUGAUAGAUCGUUUUUCUUCAUCCAUCAUUCUUCAGUGGCUUCAUGCUCAACAUGAGAAUGUUUUGGAGUGGACAAAGCGUACCAUUGAGAUUGAGGAUUGGGAGCCUCUGUCAGUUCACAGGAAACUAGCAACAUCUAUGGUUGAAGUCUUCCGGAUUGUGGAGGAGACUAUUGAUCAGUUUUUUAACUCAAGUCUACCUCUGGAUAUUGUCCACCUGCGAAGUCUGCUUAUAGGGAUCACUAGCAGCCUUCAAGUCUAUUUGCUUCACAUGGAAAAUCAACAAGUUUCUAGAGCUACCCUGCUACCUGUUGCGCCAGUCUUGACACGUUAUGCGGAAUCAGUUAAUCCAUUUGCCAGAAGGAAACCUAUUGAGCCUGCAGUUCGUGAAGAGAAGGUGGCUAAUAAAUUGAACAAUUUGACAAUCCCACAAUUAUGUGUGAAACUCAACACCCUUCAGUACAUUAGAGAUCAACUUGAUACCAUAGAAGAGGGCAUCAAACAAUCCUGGGUCGAUGUCCAGUCAGCUGUGGGAUUGUUAGACUAUUUGUCUUAUAUGGCCAGUGAAGGAGCUACUUCAAAAAGUUCGCCUUCUGAUGAAUCGAUUGAUGAGUUAUUUACAAUAUUUGAUGAUGUGCGAAGGACUGCGGUGAAUAUAACUGACACGAUCUUGAACUUCAUUGGAACAAGGGCUGUUUUCUGGGAUAUGAGGGACUCGCUUCUUUUCUCCUUGUACCGUACUAGCGUUGAAAGUGCACGCAUGGAGAUUUUUAUCCCUACAAUUGAGCAGGUUCUUGAUCAGGUAUGUGAUCUAAUCGUUGACGUGUUGAGAGACCGAGUUGUGCUGAGAGUUUUUCAAGCAUGCAUGGAAGGAUUCAUUUGGGUCCUACUUGAUGGAGGUCCAUCCCGCGCAUUUUUGGAGACAGAUGUGAAUUUGAUGAAAGAUGAUCUGGCUAUUCUCAAGGAUCUUUUUAUAGCAGAAGGCCAAGGUUUACCAUCAGAUGUUAUUGAAAAGGAGGCUAAAUUAGCUCAGCAGAUUUUAGACCUCUAUGUGCUAAAGGCUGAUAUUAUCAUUGAUUUGCUGAUGAAAGCAAGUGAACAUAUGUCACACCAUCUUGAACCCGCAGCUGCUCGGAGAAGAAAUGUACAUGAUAUCCAUACCCUCCUUCGAGUUCUGUGCCAUAAAAAGGAUAAUGGUGCCUCCACAUUUUUGAAAAUCCAGUAUCAUCUUCCAAGGUCCUCAGAUUAUGACGAUGUUCCUGUGAAGGAUGCACCAUCUAAAGUGCCUAUAUUUUCAGACAUGCUGAAUAGGGGUGCUUCAUUUAAUUGGUCAGAAACUGGGCAGCAGAGUUUUAGGAUUAUGAAGAAGAAACUGCAAGAAGCUAGUUGGCAGUAA